UGUGUGUCACCUCUUUUCAUUUAUACAAUAAUAUUUAUGUUAAUGUUAGAGAAGCUUUGUCAUGGAUUGAAGUGCACUGGUUAUGGAUUAGGAAGGAUUUCAUGGGGGUCUAUGAUUGGCUACUGCCUAGGAGGAAAUAUACCCUGUUAGUGUUGGCAGGACCUCAGACAAGUAUAUUUAGUAGUGGACUUAGUUACUGAGGCACAACAAAUGUUCUAAGUGUCAACUAGAGAGCUAAGAUGCUGUAGACAAUGAGAGCAGAUCAACGAACCCCAUUGAUCACAUUCUUUUAUUUUUUUUUGUCUUUCCUAUAGUGGACUAAAACAAGAUUUUUAAAAUCUAUCUGGGCUGCAGUUUUAUUUUUUAUUUAUUUUUAUUUUUUAUUUUAUUUUUUGUACCUAAUACUUGGAUUAAGGAUGGAAGUUCCAAAGGAUCUCUGGGAAUGACUUUGAAAAGCUGAAAGAAAAACAAUUGGAGCAUGAGACCAAGAGCACGGAAAGCUCCUCGCCCCUUACAUAUCUACAGAUACAACAAUGGAUUACCACUUAUUUAUUCAACCAAAACACCAAGACAAAUGGCUAGAAGGAAGAUAAUGAAAGGAGUUGACAUCAGUCUUCAUACAGAACACGGCUUGUAUUUUUGGAUCCUACAUUUUUAAGGUCCUUAUAUUUCUGUGCUCAAAUUUUUUAAAGAACAAUGGGAAACUAUGUCCUAGUCUCAUGGAUUACUGCACUGUCACUGAUGGCAAUAUUAACUAAGGCGGACAUAAAAAAGAGUAACAGUUUUAUCACAGAAACAGACCCAGCUCGAUGUAUGAGGCACCAUUAUGUAGAUUCUAUCAAUCAUCCACAGCACAAGUGCACUGCAAAGAUGGUGUUGCUGGCCCGGUGUGAAGGACGCUGCAGUCAGACAUCCCGUUCGGAUCCUCUUGUUUCCUUCAGCACAGUAUUAAAACAGCCCUUUCGUUCCAUGUGCCAUUGCUGCCGGCCACAAACCUCUAAGCUGAAAGCAAUAAGGCUCCGCUGCUCUGGAGGUAUACGGCUCACUGCCACAUACCGCUAUAUUCUCUCCUGUCACUGCGAAGAAUGCAAUUCUUAGGACACAUUUUACAAAUAACUGGAUUGGGAGUUUUCAAAGCUGACGGACAACAUCAAAUUAUGUGAUUUAUUUUUAUUAAGUGUUAUUUGUGAAUUAAAUAUAAAGUGAUACAAAUAAUAUUGUCAUACAGUGUUCAAUGAAAAUGAACCAUUCUCUUAUUGUAAAAGUUUCUGAGGGUUCAUUACUUUUCUGGUCUAGAUUGUAUAUGUUCCAGUGUAUGGACCAUGAGCUCACAUUAUCAUUAUUUUCUGUACAAAGUAUGUCUCUCUCUAUGUAUUUUUUAAUCAUUUCAAUUCCAGGUUUAAUAUUAGAAAGUAUGGGUGAUUGAUGAAAAUUGAAUGGCAGGUUAGGUUGAAGAAAAUAAGUUGGCAUACAAAAAUGGACUGACAAGAACAAUAAAGUGAUU